AUGCGCGAGAUCAUUAGCAUCAACGUUGGCCAGGCGGGUUGCCAAAUCGCCAAUUCCUGCUGGGAGCUCUACUGUCUCGAGCACGGUAUCCAACCUGAUGGAUACCUGACCGAAGAGCGCAAGCUCGCUGAUCCCGACCAAGGAUUCAGCACUUUCUUCUCUGAGACUGGCCAGGGCAAGUAUGUUCCUCGCACUAUCUACUGCGAUCUCGAACCCAACGUCGUCGAUGAGGUCCGCACCGGUACCUAUCGCAGUCUUUUCCACCCUGAGCAGAUGAUCACCGGCAAGGAAGAUGCGUCGAACAACUACGCCCGUGGCCACUACACCGUGGGCAAGGAGCUCAUCGAUCAGGUUUUGGACAGAGUGCGACGCGUUGCCGACAGCUGUGCUGGUCUUCAAGGUUUCUUGGUUUUCCACUCUUUCGGUGGUGGCACUGGUUCCGGCUUCGGCGCCUUGUUGAUGGAGCGUCUCUCCGUUGACUACGGCAAGAAGAGCAAGCUGGAAUUCUGUGUUUACCCAGCACCUCAGACCGCUACCUCGGUUGUCGAGCCGUACAACUCUAUCCUUACCACGCACACUACCUUAGAGCAUUCCGACUGCUCGUUCAUGGUUGACAAUGAUGCCAUCUACGACAUCUGCCGCCGAAAUCUUGGCUUGGAGCGCCCUAGCUAUGAGAAUCUCAACCGUUUGAUCGCGCAAGUUGUGUCUUCCAUUACUGCUUCUCUUCGAUUCGAUGGUUCUCUCAACGUCGACCUCAACGAGUUCCAGACGAACUUGGUGCCGUACCCUCGUAUCCACUUCCCUCUUGUCGCCUACGCACCAGUUAUUUCUGCUGCUAAGGCUGCUCAUGAGGCCAACUCGGUUCAGGAGAUGACCAUGUCCUGCUUUGAGCCGUACAACCAGAUGGUCAAGUGCGACCCCCGCCACGGCAAGUACAUGGCCACAUGUCUGCUGUACCGAGGUGACGUCGUCCCCAAGGACGCUCACGCGGCUGUGGCUACCCUCAAGACUAAGCGCACGAUCCAAUUCGUCGACUGGUGCCCAACCGGCUUCAAGCUUGGUAUCUGCUUCCAGGCUCCUCAGUUCGUUCCCAACGGUGAUUUGGCUAAGGUCAACCGUGCUGUCUGCAUGCUCUCCAACACGACGGCUAUCGCUGAGGCUUGGUCUGCGUUGUCUACCAAGUUCGAUCUGAUGUACUCCAAGCGUGCUUUCGUCCAUUGGUACGUCGGCGAAGGUAUGGAGGAAGGUGAAUUCUCGGAGGCCCGUGAGGAUUUGGCUGCGCUGGAGCGCGACUACGAGGAAGUUGCCACUGAUUCCCUAGAGGGCGAGGGUGAUGUUGAGGCUGAGUAUUAA